UCCCGAAGGUUGCCAUGGAGACUGAGGCGGGCUCUGCGGAGGCCCGCAGCGUUGUCAUGGAGAUUAGCGCAAGGCUGGCGCAAGGGGUUCAGCACCACGGAGAGCGGCGCUCGGCUGCUGCAAGGUGGGACCCGCGGAAGUAUCAGCUGCUCAUUGUCAUCGGCGAUGUGGCCACGGAGAGGCAGCUGCAGGCGGUGCGAGAUCACCUGGAGCGGGGUAUUCGCUCGUGGAAUAUAAGUCUUGAUUCCUGUGAUCUCAAUCUCCAGCUGAAGCUGUUUGCUAUAAGGCAUCUUGCCCAUUUUUCACCAGAUGUAAAAGGACAAAGGACUCUUCAGCACCGCAGCAAUGUCCUUGAGACAGUAGUACUGGUGAACCCCAAUGCAGACAGCAUUGUGCACGAGGUACGCUCCUUGAUAACAGGCUCUUCUGCACACAAACUUUUUAUUCUGAGUGGCCAGAGCUCUGAGCAGGAAAGCGAUUUGAUCCUACAGACUGGGACUUUUACAUAUCAGAGAUUUGAAGAGGUGUUCAGUGAUCCAGAGGUUUGCCAACAACUGAGUAACACCGAUCCUGAAAUCAAGGCUUCUCUAACAGUGUCGUGCUUGGGAGAAGGAGACUGGUGCAAUAUUGGAAGUUCAGGUUUUCAAGAUAUCAUUCAUAUAAAGCUCAACCCUGAUCUUGCCUUGCCAGAGAUGGAUGGUAUUUCAGAGUUUGCAGACUAUGUUUCAGAGACAGUGGAUGUUCCUUCUCCUUUUGAUCUUUUGGAACCACCAAACUCUGGUGGCUUCUUGAAGUUGUCCAAGCCAUGUUGUUAUAUAUUUCCUGGUGGAAGAGGAGACUCUGCACUUUUUGCCGUUAACGGAUUUAACAUCUUAGUGGAUGGAGGUUCUGAAAGAAAAUCUUGCUUUUGGAAACUUGUGAGACACUUGGAUCGCAUAGACUCUAUAUUACUAACACACAUUGGAGCAGAUAAUUUGCCUGGAAUAAAUGGACUUCUUCAGAGAAAGAUUGCAGAACAAGAUGAAGAGCAGUCUCAGGGUUCUACUACGUAUAGUGACUGGAUGAAGAAUCAAAUUUCUCCAGAACUUGGAGUUGUAUUUUUUAAUGUUCCUGACAAACUGAAAAUGCCUGAAUCUAGCACGAAGGUUAAAAGAAGUAUUGAAGAGGCUUGUUUGACAAUGCAGUACCUAAAUAAGCUUGGUAUGAAACCAGAACCUUUGUACAGGAUAGUGAGCAACACUAUUGAGCCUAUAACAUUGUUCCAUAAAAUGGGAGUUGGCAGAUUAGAUAUGUACAUUCUAAACCCUGUAAAAGAUAGUAAGGAGAUGCAGUUUUUAAUGCAAAAAUGGGCUGGUAAUAGCAAAGCAAAGACUGGUAUUAUAUUGGCAAAUGGAAAAGAAGGUGAAAUCUCGGUUCCAUAUUUGACAUCCAUUACAGCCCUUGUAGUUUGGUUACCAGCAAGUCCCACUGAAAAAAUUGUCCGUGUUCUAUUUCCAGGAAAUGCUCCACAAAAUAAAAUUUUAGAAGGUCUAGAAAAGGUGAAGCAUCUAGAUUUCUUGAGAUACCCAGUAGCAACCCAAAAAGAUAUUACUGCUGGUAUUCCAACAACUGCUAAGCACACUAAAAUCAAACAAAGGGUAGAUAGCAAGGAAAGCCUUAAAUCCACCCCACGACCAAGCACAGGAAAACUUAACAAAAAGGAGGAUAUAUCAGAAGAGCUUGCAAAGGAAAUUAAAACUAUACCAGCCAAGGAGACAAAGCUCGAGAAAAAAACAUCAAAAGAGUAUACAGAUAAGCCUACGGAAAAAGUUUUAAAGUUUGAAAAAGUAAAAACAGAGACAAGUGAAUCUGUAAAGGCAGAAAAGAGAAAGCUUUUAAAAGAGAAAACUGGGAAAAAAUACUCAAAGGACAAAUUUUCAAAACUGGAGGAAAAAAAGGAUAAAGAGAAAAAGGAAAUUAAGAAGGAGAAAACAGAUGCAAAGAAAGAUAUCUUAAAAAAAGAGGACAAAAAGGAUACAAAAAAAGAGGAGAAGAAGAAAGAACUUAAGCCAGAUGUUAAAAAGAUGCUGAAACCUGAUUUAAGACCAUUUACUCCAGAAGUGAGAAAGACACUACACAAAGCAAAACUACCAAGCAAAAUCAGAACAGAGAAAAUAAAGAGCAAACCAGAGAAAGAAACAAUGACAUCAGAACAAAAAUCAAAACAGCUGCAACUAAUACAGAAACAACAACAGUUGACUCCUAUGGCAGAACAAAGGUCAGCUAUGUCAUCUCCUGAAGAUCUAACCAAAGAUUUUGAGGAACUUAAGUAUGAGGACAAACUAGAUCAAAUACAAUAUGGAGAUGAAGAUAAAAAUAUUUCAGAAAUUGAGAUUGCUGAACAAAGACAUUUGGAUGUACUGGUGGUACAAAGUCAGUUUAAAGAAGACAUAUCAUUGAAUGAAACAACAUCAGAUAAGAAGACUCCACUUGAGUCCCCUGAUGAGGGUAUAACCACAACAGAUAUGGAAGGAGAGUCACCUCAUGAAGAAAAAAUGGUAUAUCAAGCAGAUGAGACAAUGGAAAUGGUUGAUGAAGGUGCAGCAAUGGAGGAACCCACAGACAUUAAUGAAUAUGAGGAAGAGGGCAUACCAGAAAAAGUGUCUGAAACUAUCCCAGCUAUUGAAAAGCCUGCAUUGGAUAGAAACAGAUUAGAGUCAAUGCCAACAUUGGACAUUCAAGAUCUGGAAGAUAAAGAGAAUGAGGUGGACGAGAAAGGAAUCUUAGAUAGAAAACAGAAAGAGGAGAUAACAGAACCACGUGAUGAAUAUUUUGGUAGCACAGUGGCAGAAGAAGAAAAAGAAGGAGAAAAAUGUCUUGAGGUAGUAGAAAAAGCAGAAGUGGAAGAUAUGGAAGAAUAUGUUGAAGAAAUUGGGGAGGAACUGAAAUCUAAAGAUGAUGGGGAAGUGGAAUGCUUAAAUGAACAGGAAGAAAACAUUUCACCUAAUUCUAACAUUCAUAUAAUUAAUCAAGAGACGGACUUGGUUUCAAAGAACUAUGGAAAUAUAAUUUCAAAGGACACUCCAUGCUUGUCUGGUGCUGUAACAUCAGGUACUACAGCAGAUCACAUUUCCUACAUACAGGAUGAAACAAUGCCUGGGUAUUCUGAGACAGAGCAGACUAUUUCUGAUGAAGAAAUACAUGAUGAACAGGAAGAAAGGAUACCUCACCUGCAAUAUGAUGUGGGUAGUUAUGAUAUUUCAGUCCCUGAUCAUCCUGGAUCCUUUGAAGCUGUACAUGGCAUUAAAGCGAUUUCAUCCUGUGAAAUAACAGCAAAGGGGUAUGAACUGCAAGAACCUGAAAUUGUGGUUUAUCCUACAAAUAUUGUUGCAGCUCCUCUUGCAGAAGAGGAGCAUAUAUCCUCAGCCACAUCGAUAACAGAAUGUGAUAAACUUUCCUCUUUUGCUACUUCUGUUGCAGAAGACCAGUCUGUUGCAUCUAUCACAGCUCUAAAAACAGAAGAAACCGGAAAAAGCUCUUUAUUAUUAGACACUGGCAACGCCAUUCCCUCUUCUCAUACUGAAGCAACUCAAGGUAUAGAGUACCUGCCAUCUGCAGGCACUAUUUCUCCAACAUCUUCUUUAGAAGAGGAUAAAUGCUUCAAAUCACCACCUUCAGAAGAUUUUCAGUCACUGUUACCUGCAGAAAAAUACCAAAUCCGCGAUCAAUACUCUGCAGAGGAAGUAGAAGAAACUCAUCAUUUUGAGAUGACAACUGAAACACAGCAUUACAGUUCACUAUUAUGUGAAGAGAAAGACAGUGAGAUUUCAUACACAUUUAGCACAGACAUAAACAAAACUCCAACACUAAUUUCUGAUGAAUCAAAACACUUUAUACAGGUAGAUUCCAGCUUUGUUGAUGGUGAAGAGAGAUGUUUAAGCCCUGAUGACAGUACUGUGAAGAUGGCAUCACCUACUCAGUCAGGUCCUACUAGCACAGGUCAUACUCCUUUUCACCAGUCUCCUGUGGAGGACAGGUAUGAAUCAACCCAAGCAGAGUUAUUUAAAGCUGCUGACAUUCUAUCACAUGAAACAGAAGUAAAUAUUGUCUCUAAAUCUGAUUAUGACAAAUCUCCAGAAAAUGCAGACCACCACUCUAGUGAAAUAAUCCAAAAAGGAGAUCCAGCUGAGUCAAUAAAUGACAUUUCUGAGGCAGGAGUUAUCCUUCAAGCAAAAACCCCAUUAUUAAUGGGCAAUAUAAAGGAAGAUUAUUUGGAAAAGGACUCAGUCAUGACCAAAGAUAUUGCUAUUUCUGAAGAAGCUGAUAUACUGCAGCAAACAAAUGACCCUUUUUCUGAGAAUGCAACAUUUGGUAAGUCAGAAGAUACAACCUACUCUGUUGGAACAUAUAUACAGUUUGAACAAUCACCAGAAGGCCUUACUGACAGUUUUCCCUCAGAACCCAUUAAGAUACAGAAAAAAACAGAGAUGGAUCUAUUUCAGUCAGUGUUUACCAAAGAAUUGCCUUGUGAAGAUGCUAAAUUGUCUUCUUAUUUGGAGCAGAGUCCUAUAAAAUAUGAAACCACAACAGACAGCCCCAGCCCAGAUAUUUUACUGGGAGACACCAAAUCGUUGUCUUUCACAGAACAAGGAAAAGAGGACGAUACAUCUCUACAAAUGUCUCUGAUUGAACAAAGUCCCAUCAUAAACGAAACAUGUUCAAUAAUGCCAGCAAAAGAUGAAUUUUUGGAAAAUGAAAAAUCACUGGACUUAAUAAAGCAAACAAAAGAUUACAAAUGCUCAUUUGAUGAUCUGUCGCCAGGAUAUGUGGAUCCUUUACAGUCUGUAGACGAAGGCCUGACUCAAGAUAAAAAACAUUUAGAAAACUAUGAAAAGCAGUCUCUGGGUGAAACACAGUCUCUGGAUCAUGCUCAGACUUUGUUUUCUACAGAAUCUGGUAUUCAGAAAGAUAUAUCACCAGAACCCAUUCCGGCAGUAUAUCCAACAGAUACUAUGGAUUCUGAUUUAAAAGAACAAAUCCACCAAAAGGAAGACAAGUUUUUGGCCCUGUCCUCUUCUAGCCCAGAUGAUUCAGAAUCUCUUUCUUUAGCUGACCAGAAAUCUCCACCAGGGAUUGGAGAUAAUAGUCAUUCAUUAACACCUUCAGGAAUCGAAGAACAGUCAACUGACGUAGAAAAUGUUUAUAUGAAGCAGAUGUCACCUGAAAAAAGAGUUUGGUUUACAGAGAAGAAUGAAGACAUUGACAGAGGAAGGAAAGAAAGUAUGCUACAUUAUACAGAACAUGGAGAGUGUACUUUUCUUGAUGAGGCACAUGACUGGAAUAGAGAAUCAACCUUGAGAUCUGAUUUCUCAGAUCAGUCAACUCCUGAAACAGAAGAUACAAAUAUUCAAGUAACAGAAUACAUACAUUUCCACAAAGACACUGAAUAUUCAAAAGAAUCAAUGGACAUAUCUGCUGACAUUCUUAGUGAAAAACCCAAAACAUUAUGUCAAGACAUAGUUUUACCCACAGAUAUAGUUUAUGGUUCAGAAGAAACAGAAAAGAAAUCCUAUGUUGACACAUCGUCACCCCCUGAAAUUUCUUCUGGCAAGCUACCGACAGGCAGUGUUUCUGUAUUUAAUGAAGGCUUCUGUCUAGAGAGCUCACUUUCAAAAGCAUCAUUUGAAGAAGAGGAAAUUAAAAAAUCAAUCACUGAAGAAACACAAAAUUUAGCAGAUGAACAUGUAUACUCUUAUGACAAACCUAUGCAUGAUAUAACAGAUCUCACUAGGGAAAUUAGUACCAGUGAUAAAAAUGCUGACAUGCAGACAGGAAUGCAAACAGUGACAUUUUUGCAUAAAUAUAAUGAUUCUUUAGAAGCAGGUGUACAUAUUUUGACAAAGGAAGAAACUUGCACCUCUUCCUCACAUGAACAGACUGAAGUUGUUUUUACUAUUGAUAAAGAAAUUAAACAUGAGCUCUAUAAAUCAUCUACAAAGGAAACAGAACGAGAAUAUGUUGAAACUUCCUAUACAGAAAGUAGUUCCUUAUCUGGCUUCAACGCUGCCACUCAUCUGGAUGAUGUAACAGAAAUCAUUUGUCCAAAACAAGACAAAAAAUCCUCUCCAACUUCAUUAAGCUACCCUGAAGAGACUAGUGGCAAAGAAUCACACAGCCCUUGUCAGCUAUACCCUCAAGAAAAGGACUUUUAUGGGUCUUCAAAAAAGAGUGCAGCAGAAGAAAGAGAGCCAACUCCUUACCCAGGUGACAAAACAUUUCAAUAUGCUGAUAUUUAUGAAAAAAUUGUUUCUGGAGUUAGCCAUACUGAGAACAUUAUAGAAGAGGUAGAACCAUUUAGUGCUGGCUACCUAGAAAAGGAAAACAGAGCUAUAUCAGCUUUAGAUACACAGGAAGUUCAGGCUACUAAUAAAGGACUACAUCAUCAAAUGUAUUCAAAAGAAGAAGAAUCACAGCUGAAGUUCUCAAAGGAAAAGGAACUCUCUUCGCCUGUAUCUCCAAAAGAUAUGGGUAGCAUCACCACAUUUGAAUACACAGAAAUGGAGAAAACUAUUUCUGUAGAUAAAGAAAAGGCUACCGAUAAAACAAAUAUUUUCGAUUUGCAAGAAAUUCAAAGUACACAGAGUGGAAUUAUUUCCCAAACCCAUGAAACUGAAGAAGAAAGCCAGUGUGUGGCAUCAUCAUACCACAGUCCAGAUCCAACAUCAAAAUCUCCAGUGGAGCAUGAUUUCCAUGAGCCAUCAACGUCCUACCUUCAUGCAUCACAUCAAGAUGAUAACAUCAGUUCAGCCAAUCUAGACAGUGACAUGAAAGAAGGGAAACGUUUUACUAAAGAUACCUAUUAUGAGAAAACUGAGAUAGAGGAAGAAAGUGCAAGUGACUCCGAAUUAGAAAAAGGUGCAAAGGAAAAAUCGGAGAAGGAAAUAUCUACUGAUAUGAAGACAUUUGAUGAGAAAGAAAUACAUGCUAAUAUUAUAGAAAAAGAGAAUUCCAAAGUAUCCGAUUGCAUAUUACAUUCACAGCAAGAUUAUCCCGGUUUUAAUUCAAACGUUCAUGACCAAAGCAGCACUUCACAAAUUAGCGGUGAAGUAUCUGUAGGGUAUUCCACUUUUGACAAUACAGAGUAUAAUAUCCAUGAAAAUGAACAAAAUAAAAUAGUUGGCGAUAUGGACUAUACAUAUUGCCCAUUUAGUGCACACAUGGAUUCUCCAGAUGAUACAGAUGAACAUCACUUGCAUACAGAUCACCAGGAAUCACAAAGCUUUUCACAUACAGAAGAUACAUUUUUAGAAAGCUGCAUUCCUGGUCAAAGUGACAAGGGAUCAAAUGAAUUAGAAACUGAGCUUCCAGCACCAAAAUGGGAAUAUUUAUCUGAGGCAGCAUUUUCCGAAAAGGAAACCGACAAUUUAGCAUCUUCUGCUUUAGUGGAGCAUUGCUUUGAAUCAUUGCCCUUCACUGGUAUCAACAAAUUAGGCACAGAUUGUAUGACUACAUCAGAUUUAGAAACAGGGCAACAUGAUGAAUACCUACAAGUUUCUGAAAGGGCUUGUGAACUGGACUCCUCUCAGGACAAACCCUUGAGUUCAUCUGAUCACUCACCACUAAGUCUGAUUGAUGAGAAACUUUCAUUACCUAAAAUUCCUUAUGAACAAUAUUCUGAUCUAGAUGCUCAAAAAGAGGAAUCUCUGAGUAUUUCGGCAUCAUCUUCUGAGGCUAGCACACCUAUUCAAAAGGAUAUUGCUGAAGGUUUGUAUUCACAUAUGGUUAGUUCUUACACAACAGACACAGAAGCAACUGUCAGAAGUCUGUGGGAUGUAUCUCCCCUUGUUCCUGCUGAUUCCCCCAAACCCUGUUUGGCAGAAGAAAAAGAUUCCGCAGGAGAUCACAAUUCUGCUUGUUCAUAUGAUAAGGAUGAUAAUACAUUGCCAUGCAGAAUAGAAUGUAAGAAACCAGCUUGCAUGAUGAAGUCUAGUAUGAGUAAUGAAAUAAGCAGUGAUGAAACAAAUUCAGUGACAAUGCCAACAUACUCUAGUCUUGUGCCACCCUGUCAACAAGAAGAGAUGUCCACAGCAAAUGGUCCCACAGAAGUUAACACCAGCCCAGAGUUUUUUCAAAACAUCCAAUAUAAAGUAGGUGAGAGUGUUUCAGCAGGAGUAAUAAAAGAAGAAAAAACCUCACCAGAUUCUGACAGAGAUUCAUCCCCUUGCUCUGAGGAAGAUACAGAGAAACCAAACCGACCAUCUUCUCUUAUGUCCCCAGAACAUACAUUUGUGUCUUACUAUCCAGACUCACAAAAGUCUGAGAGAACAGAAGAUCAUGGUGAUGCCUCUUAUGAGUUUGAGCCCCGGUUAGGAUCAUCAAGUGAAUAUGAGCACAUGUUGUCAUCAUCUGAAUAUUUACACAAGAAAGGAGAACUUUCUCCUUCUUUCAUCAACCCAAGUCCUCUUGACUUUUCAGAUGACAGUGAUCUCUCACAAGAUGAAGGCCAUCCUUCAGUUAAAGGUAGGACACAUCAUGCAAAUGCAAAUGUAUGCCAUAUUCAAGGCACAACAGCUGAUGAAACACCACCUACAUCUGACUCAGGAACCUCUCAGUCCGAUUCUGAUGUUCCACCAGAAACUGAAGAGUGUCCCUCCAUAACUGCUGAUGCCGCAAUGGAUUCGGAUGAAGAUGCAGAUUUUCUUCCAGUGGAUAAAGCAAUGGGGAAUUCACACCACAGCAAUACAAGGCAAAGUCAUGAUCCUCAUCCUGCUCCAAUGAUGGAUCCUCAUCCUCACCCUCCUCAUCCGGAUGUUUGCAUGGUAGACCCAGAAGUGUUAGUUAAUGAAUUAAACCUCAGCAAAGGUGAAAAGGUGCUCAAAAAAGAUCUCAAAGAGAAAAACAAAGGGGUCAGAAAACCAUUAACAAAAGUCAAAUCUACUUCUCCUGCUAGGAAAGCAGACUAUAAACAUCCCUCAACACUCUCUAAACAAACAUCCAGGGACCCAACUGAUAAAUCUAAAAAAACUACAACUAUAAGGAAAGACAAGGAUACUACUGAGAAAUUGCAGAAACCAAGAAGUCCAUUGCAGACACAUUUUUCUAGAGGGGAAGAAAAAGAAGAGGUCUCUAAAGGCAGUAAUACUAACAAGAUGUUUAAUGGCAUCAAGUCAGGUACAGGUCUAAGCGGCUCCAAGGCAAGUUCCACAGUUCCACCUGGGCCACCAGUCUACGUUGACUUGGCGUAUAUUCCUUACCACUGCAGCGAGAAGAACACAGAUUUAGAGUUCUUUAAGAGAGUUCGCUCUGCGUAUUACGUUGUAAGUGGUAAUGAUCCAGGUAACGGAGAGCCCAAUCGAGCUGUGUUGGAUGCACUCCUGGAAGGAAAAUCACAGUGGGGAGAGAAUCUUCAGGUGACUCUAAUACCAACGCAUGAUACAGAGGCGACCAGGGAAUGGUACCAACAAACUCACGAGAAACAGCAAGAGCUUAAUAUUAUGGUCCUGGCAAGCAGUAGCACUGUAGUGAUGCAAGAUGAAUCUUUCCCAGCAUGCAAGAUUGAAUUCUGAGCUUGAUAACUGCCAAUCAUGUAUCUCAAUGUCCAUCACGUCUAGGUUUGUGUACAUGGGCCGCUCAGCCCCCCGCUAGAACUGGACUGUAGUAAGCAUACGGCCUGCUUUCUCUCUGCAUCGUUCCUUUGACACUCACAUCCAUGUUGGCAGUUUGGAGAAGACAGGCAGUCUUACUUUACAUGUGCUUAUGCUGGAAUUUCAGAGCAUCUGAAUUAUGUUAAAUUUACACAAUUCAUUUUGCAUUGUUUCUAAGGGUAUUUUUUGUGUAACGGUUGAUAUUUAAAGGCAGCACAUCUACGUUUCAGUGUCUUAUGCCCUGCGCUAUUCAGCAGGAAAAUAACACUUUACUGUGGCAUAGGUUAAAUGUAAAAUAUUUGUGUAUUGUUGAUCAACUGCAAAAUAGUAGGCUGCAUAUAGCUGGGUCUCCUCCCAGCCAGACACAAUACUUAGACAGGAAUAUGGGUACCAUGUUUUCUCUCAUGGUUAGUGUGCUUUGAUAUAGAUCACCAGGUAGCUUACUGGUGCUGUAAAUAUAUAGCUUACAUUUUUAACCUGCUAAUGUAAACUUGAACUUGUAGAUCACAGACCGCCGA